AUGCGCUACCAAAACUGGGACGUCCUUGUCUUCCCAGACCAGUCAAAGAUUCCUCUACAAGAGUUCAAAACGGCUUGUCAAGUCAUCCAGGAUCCUGAGUCACACAGCUCGCAAACCAAUCCUCUCCUCCUUCCAACGGUUACCUCCUUUAUUCCGGCUCUCCCUGCUGGGGCAAACUUCCGCGUGUCCAUUCAUUCAUGGCACAACCCAGAUAUCAGCAGAUACAUACAGACCUUGAAGAAGUCUACUGACAAUGUUGUAUUUGAAGCUCGAGUGUUUGUGGACGGCCGGAUCGCAGGUUCGAAAUGGUUUGGUCAACAUGGCCCGUGGCCAACCAUAAUCGAUCUUAGCAUAGAUUUGGACAAGCACGGGGACUUCGAGAAAUUAAAGUUCCCUGCCUUUCACAAAGAGCUGCUAUCCCAAAGUUAUUGGAACGCAGGUGACGAUCUUGGUCGUGUCAAGGUUAUCAUCGCAGAAGGGUUUGCCAGGGACAAUCUCACGUACCCUUUUGAGCGGAUUAAGAAUCUAGUAUCCCUCUCUUUUCAACACGCUCCGCUAGAGGUCUUGGAGGCUUCUGGUAUCGCAUGGCCAAAUUCAUCCAUGUGGCGCCAGGUUUCCAUCGUCGGACCAUACUAUACGCAACAGUUUUCACCACAACAGAACCGUGAUGCGAUGGAAGACCACACCCAUUCUCCUCGUCGAGCAGUGCAAAUGAAUCAACCCAACGCCAAUGUCAAUAUUGGAUCUCUUUUCAACCAAAAUCAACAAGCAUUUCCACGUCAGCCAACUUUCGAUCCAUUUACUGAGCCUGUCCAUAAUGCCUUCUCGUCAUGGAGGAAUGGAUCCUCCACCGAUUUAUCGAUGCCAGACUACUCGAAAUCAAACACCCGAACAAACAGCAGCCGACAGGUCACAGAUCCGGUGGUUUCUGACAAAUUAGUUGGCAAUCACCAGAACAUGCAUGCGGCGGGUGCGUAUGAGUCUAUCUGUGAAGCAUUGGUUCCAAGAGCGCCAGACAACACUCCUGCCAACGGGGAGCGCGAGGCUUCGGAGACCUCGAAAGCAAUUGCCGUGGCUAUGACUGCACUCUCUGACUCCACCUCCGCUGCUGCAAUUAAGUCUUCGGUCAAGAGGGCAGCAGAAAUAAAUUUCGUUAAGCCAGAACCAGCCGAAACAUCCAACACUCGGAGUGCCGCUCGGUAUCCAUCAACCACCGAAAGUGUGCAAAGUAGGAAAGAAAACAUGCCAGAUUCGCCUCACAGCAUGGAGUUACGACUUCCAAGCAACGAAGGUUUAGCCAACAAAAUACCUCCAUCAUUUCAACCUCCAAAUCAUGGUGCCAAUAAACGACAACGUAUUGUUACACCUGCUGCCUCGAAAGUCAUAGAUGAUGAGGAUGAACCUAGAUCUUCUCCAUCUGUUCGAAAGGUAUCGGGCAUGAGUGUGAAGCAGGAGAGCAAUAACGAAAGGGGUGACCACGAUCUCGAAAGGCGAAUCCUGGGUGAGAUUCACGCUUAA